AUGGUGGCAGAACAGCGGACCAUUCGAAGAAGUGCGCUGGCUGAUCAUACCAUCUUUUCAACGAUAUAUUACGUCGCCACACAACGGUCCAACGAUAAAACUAAGUCAACCCUUGAACAUCGAUUAAAUAUCAAAACACGACAGAAAUAUCCACACAAACUAAAUCAGGUCGUUACGUGGUGGCAAUGGGGCGGACCAUUCAAAGAAACCGAAACACUGGUAGUCUGUGAACGCGUAGCUGUUACCUUUUCACUAAAAAAAAAAAAUUUUCUUUACGCGACGUACCAUUCGGAAAUUCAAAGAUAUACAAAACGUGCAACUAUUUCUAAUCGUACGGAAACAAUAUCUAGGCUUCAAAGACAAAGGUCACUUGAAUCCUUAGGACAAAGCAUAGAGGAAAUUCGACUUCUGAAUAAUAUUCAUGAAACAGUUAAAGAUGAAGAU